AACCACACCUCCCUCUCUCCCUUGGUUGCUCACCGAGUCGUCAACUCGCUCCGAGUUCGAUCGUCCUCCCACAGCUACCCUUCCUUUCCCUUGGUGCGUGCGAGCGCGGCAAGAGAGGCGAGAGAGAGAGAGAGCGAGAGCCAGAGGGGCUCAGACCGGAACUGGCUAACGAGAGCGGAGAGAGCGUGGAGGACCGCAACAAGUGGGCAGUGCUCACGCUGUAUGAGGCCCUGAACGUGCGGGACGUGGAGCGGGUGCAGCAGCUGCUGGCCCCCGACAUCGAGUGGUGGUUCCAUGGUCCGCCGGAGCACCAGCACAUGAUGCGCAUGCUCACCGGCGCGGACUACGAGGAGACAACCGCCGCCGCCGCCUUCCAGUUCAAGCCCGAGCGAGUCGCCGCCUUCGGCUCCACCGUCGUCGCCGAGGGCAGCGGCCCCGACGCCGACACCGCGUGGGUCCACGCCUGGACCAUCGCCCCGGAUGGGAUAAUCACCCAGGUCCGCGAGUACUUCAACACCUCCCUCACCAUCACCCGAGUCGCCGCCGACUCGGCCUCCAAAUCCGCCGCUUCCUGCUCCUCCUCUUCUUCCUCCGGGUCGGCUCACGGGACUCCCGUGUGGGAGAGCAGCCGCCCCGAGCGCGCCGGGAAGUCCUUUCCUGGCCUCGUCCUGGCUAUCUAAAUCGACCUAAUCCCAAAUAAUAAGUUGUUAUCGCGAUAGAUAGGUAAGAGGAGGUGAAGGCUUCGCCUGUUGCCAUAUACCGUAUAUGGGCUGAGGGGUUCUUCUUCUUCUUCUUCUUCUUCUUCUUGUUGGAAUCCGAGUCAGUCGUGUCUUAGGAAUCAAGUCUGGUGUGUCUGUGUGUGUGUCGUGUUAGGAGUCCAAGAUGAAGAGGGGAAGGAGAGGAUUCCUUUCUUCUUCUUCUUCUUCUUCUUCAGGUCAUGCUGCUGUGUGUUUGUUUGGUUACAUGAAUAAGAGAUAUCCGUGUGAUUGCUUUAAA